AUGCCUGGAUGGUCGGCUUUAGGCGGUCAAACGCAAUCUGCAUACACUACCGGUGAUGUAAAUUUGACCGACGGUGUCCUUGGGCACUCGUCACCCUCUGGCUCAUCAACGGGCUCUGCCGUUGGCGUCAGCGCAGGGUAUGCCCCCCUGGCGAUAGGAACGGACACUGGAGGGUCUUUGAUCACACCGAGCACCCGAGCGGCAUUAUACACUCUCCGGCCAACGAUGAAUCUGGUCCCACAAGAUGGCUUGAUACCUCUAUACCAUUUAUUCGAUACUGUGGGACCGAUGGCGAAAUCGCCUUCUGAUCUGGCAAACCUUUUGGAUGUCUUAACCACUCCAAAGGGAAGCAAAGAGAGAAAGCUUUAUUCUCAAAUGAUGGCUCAUGACUUUAGAGAUUUCAAAAUUGGGUGUCUCUCUCCAGGAACAUGGUUUUUCGACUCUGAUCUACAGCGCCCAGUGCCAGAAGCCACGGCGCAGAUAAAAAAAGACACCCAAGCAGCCUAUGCAAAGAUGGCACUUACGGCAAAGUCCUUGAAAGAAGUAGGACUUGUAUCCAUCGAUGCAUUUGAAGUGAAUGGGCGGCAUAGUUUCUACGAUAUUCAAGCGGCUCGGUUUAAACCCACAUUUGAGGGUUACCUUGGAACCCUCGAAGAUUCCCAACUCCAGAACGCCGUCACAAUGACAAUGUCCGAUGAAGAGCAUGAUUUCCUCCUAAGGCAUGCGCGCAAAGUUGGCCGAGACAUUGGCAUUGACAAGACACUUGAAGAAUAUGACGUAGAUCUAGUCAUUGCGCCAGCUGACUCUCCCGUAAACCUAUUGGUGUCGGCUGCCGGCUACCCCUCCGCAACGAUGCCAUUGUCGUACCUCGAGUACAACGGCCGACCAAUUGGCUUGGUUGCAUUUACGACUGCUGGGGGCGAAGAAAUGCUGUUGAACUUUCUGCGUGCGUACGAGAAUACCUUUCCAAGACGAUGCCCCCCUAGCCUCCUCUAA